CGACUCUGGUGGUGCGGCUUAAUUUCAAGUCACCCUUGGUGCAUAAAAGGGCUCUCAUACAGUAUUUAAUCUUCCAUUGAAAACUUUGCUUUUGUACCCAUGAUGAAGCUCCUGAUCACUUCCACCAUCGCUGCCCUCGCUACGUGCACCAUUGCUACAUCUUACAGCCUCUCUUAUGAUACCAACUACGAUAUGGGAUCCAACUCACUUGACACGGUGGCCUGCUCAGACGGCUCCAAUGGCUUGGAGUCGCGUGGCUACAGCACUUUCAGCUCUAUUCCAAACUUCCCUUACAUCGGAGGUGCGCCCCAGAUCACGGGCUGGAACUCAGCAUACUGUGGGUCGUGCUGGGAAAUCACUUACACCAGCCCAUCGGUGACCACCACCAAAUACGUUACCGCCAUUGAUGUCGGUGAUGAGGCACGGGAUGGGUUCAACUUGUCGCAGGAGGCUAUGGACGGUCUCACUGGUGGACAGGCUGAGUUUUUGGGGCGCGUCACCGUCACGGCCACCCAAGUUGAUGAAAGCAAUUGCGGUCUGUGAGACCGUGAAAUUAGGGUGUGCGAGGCAAAUGGUUUCUGCAAUCGAUGAGUUUUUUUGGUCAUCUUCGACUUUCGUGUAUGGACGAUAUGGACGCUCGCAGAGACAUUAGU